GAGAGUGAGCAGAAGGACUGUGGGGGAUGAGUGGAUAACAGGACGGACAAACAACUGGUUUAGACCACAUGAACUUUCCCCCACGUGAAUCAAUAUUCAAGCCCUGCGCUCCCUGUUGAGCAAUGAGGCCAAGUAGAAAAGGGGGCUAAAAGACGGAUGGCGGAGAGGGAGGGCUCUGAGAUGCCGUGUUGGAGAAGCAGGUUCUGAUUGGAGGCAGAAAAAGAGGCUGCUGAGAGAACGAGAAGAAACAGCCUCCCACGUCCUGAAGCCAUCUGACACGCUGCAGUCUGCAAGACGUGGUUAUUGUUAAGUGGCUUUGAGGAAGAUCCCUGUGAAGAGAGAGAUAGGAUGUUCUCCAAGCUGAAGUGGCUGAUUCUGAUCCAGCUCCUGCUGACCGAACAGAGCCUGUGCAGAGUCCCGCCUCCUCCACCCAAAACGGACAAUCUGCUUCAAGCAACUCCCACCAGCGAAGAUGCUGAGCAGGAACAGGACAGUCGGGUUCUCCUUGCUUCCAGUCCACAGCCAGGCGAAUCUGAACCUACGUCGACUCGUUCUCAAAACGUGGAGAAGAUCCGAUCUGCUCAACUCGUGACAUCGACUGUUUCGGCGAAGCUCCAGGGUCAGAUUCGAGAUCACCUCCAGAUUCGAGGAAGCAUCAGCUGUGCAGAGCUGCUGCAUGCCAGCGCGGUGGAUGAUCCGUUAUCCUCUGUGUUCCCUCAGGAGCUGCUGGGACUCUCACUGGUGCCUGUCCUGGUGGCGUCAGGCUGCCCACAGGAGGCCCAGCUCCUGGUGCUGAAGCUGUACGACCUGCUGGGGAAGGCUGACACUGAGGAGCUGCUGAUGGAUUUGGUGGCUCUUAUGGAGAGGAAGAUGAGCAGAUCUACAUCAGCAUCGACUUCCGAGGGAGAAGAAGCAAGUCAGCAUAUAGAUGGAGUGAUGUUCAACAUUCAGCAGCUGGCUUUAGUGAGAGACGGUGGCCUUGGAUCACAGGAGGGUCACUGUGAUGGUUGGAGCCGAGUGAAUGGGACCAUGCUACUGGGAACGGCUGUGAGAGGAGCUGCGGGUCGACUGGAGGACGCUGUCAGAAGCUGUGAAAGACUCGGAGUCCUGUGUGCCGGUGUGACCAGUGGUGGACCUCUCAUGCCUGGAAUGUACCAAGCCGUGUUGAAGAAAGGCAGCCGCAUCUUUCCAUCCACACCCCUGGAGUCUGAGUGCUGGAUCCGCCAGUGCAGCUCCCAGGACGAGCUUUUUCGAUCCUCAGGUCAGCGGAUGAAACGCAGCCCGCAGAGGAGCUGCAUCAACAAGGACGAGGAGCGCGUGUACAACGUGGUGGAGUGGAUCCCUGCUGUCAGCACCCUCUACAGCCUCGGCACGGCGGUCUACUACGCCUCCAUCAAUUGCUCGGCAACGGCCAAGGAGAGAGCCAUCCUCAGCGCCGUGGACCUGGGCACAGACGCCCUGAUGGUGGCCACAGGCGGGACUGUCGGGGUGGCGGGGUACGCUGUGGGGGCAGGAGUGAAGACCGGCGUGAAAGCCGGAGUCAAGUACCUGCUGAACUCCAUGAAGGCAGAGGACGAUGUGCUGGUGAACCAGUCCGGCUUGGAGAGGGGAACCUUUACUGUCGAGUGAACAAGAACACUUCAGGCAAUUUGCAAAAAUGCAGGAAUACCUAAUCGUCAAGUUUAUCUGGUGGUGAAAAAUCCCAUGUGUAGAAAUAAAUAUUUUAAACAAAAACAUAGGUGGCUAGUCAUACUGCCGAUAGUCUGUAUAACAAUGUUCCAUCUUUAAAGCUGCAUUAGGUAACUUUUAUAAAAGAAAAAAGUUUAUAACAUAUUUUCUCAAACUUUCACUGUGUCCUGACAUCUGAACUGCUUAGCCUUCUUUCUGUGGUCCUUCUGUCGUCUGCAGAAAUACAUCACUCAGAAACAACCAAUCAAAGCCAAGAGGCAGACCUUAGUGCUUUCAAUCACCUGUAUGUAUGUGCUGCUCACACCCUCCCCUCUGAUCUCUGCUAUGCUACGGCUCCUUCACCACAAUGGAGCCCACAGGAACAUGGAUAAAUAGAUUUCCUGUAGGUUGUUUCUUCAGCAUUAGCACAUUGAGCAGCACAUCCACAGGCAUGAUUGGCAGUGCUAGGACCUUCCUCCUGGCUCUGAUCGGUUGUUUUUGACUGGGAGGAGACAGAGGAGCUUGAUUUGUUUCAUAAAUGAUCUGUUCUAUAUUAAAUUGUCAAGACAUUGUGAAAGUUUAAAGAGAUAUUUAAAAACCAUAGUUUUUAUGAAGGUUAUUGUCAUUAAAAAGUAAAGUGUAAAUACUGUUGUAGCUAAGUUUAUUUUAAAGUCAUUAUUACCAGGAAUUUCUUACCAUAGGAUUGUUUUCCUUUGGAAUAAAUGUACUAAAAUUAAAGGUUAGAAUUUUCAAAACGUUUCACUAAUAAAAGAAAAAUCUGUCUUAAUGUUUUUCAAACUCUUGAUUUGACAACAUCUGUGAAUAAAAUGUAUUAGAAACUAGAUGACUUCACAUAAAGAAACAAAUGUUUUUAUUAAAUAACUGACUCAUUUAGUUAUACCAAACUGUGAAUAUUCACUCUAUCCUACGUAAUGACAAACUUAGAGUUAUUAUAUUAUAUAUUCUUAGAGUUAUCACCAUUUUUUUACAAAGUGGAUAUCAGUUUAAAUGAUCUGUACAUUUUGCAGCAGCACUGAAAGACUCAGGAAAAUAAACCUGCUACUCCUCAAACUUU